ACGGUCCGGUCUCAGCGUCGCACGGACCGGUUUUCCUCUCCAAAGUUUUCUGAAGUUGUUCCGCAUCACACCGACCCUCCCAGACUCCUGUAGCCGCAGAAGGUUUGCUCUCCUCGGCCAUGGCCUCCAUCGUGUGCCGGGUCCAGUUCCUGGAGGACUCGGACCCCUUCAUCUGCACAAACUUCCCCGAACCCAGGAGACCUCCGACGGUCAGCGUGGAGGAGAACCUUCCGCUCAGCGAGCAGAUCUCCGGGAUCCACACGCUGCUGCAGGCGCCUCUCAAGCUGGAGGACUGCACCCUGCAGGUUUCCACUAAUGGAUAUUACCUGGACCUGGACUCCUCUCUCUCUGAACAGAGGGACGACCUGGAGAGUUUCUAUGAUGACGUCACCAAAGGGAGGAAGCCCAUCCUGAUCCUGAGGACUCAGCUGUCUGUACGCGUGCAUUGCAUUCUGGAGAAGCUGUAUAACUCUCAGGGUCCCGAGCUCAGACGGGCGCUCUUCUCCCUCAAACAGCUCUUUGAGGAUGAUAAAGACCUGGUCCCGGAGUUCGUGGUGUCUGAAGGUCUGACAUGUUUCAUUAAAGUCGGAGCGGAGGCUGACCACAACUACCAGAACUACAUCCUGAGAGCUCUGAGUCAGAUCCUUCUUUUUGUGGACGGGAUGAACGGAGUGAUAAAUCACAACGAGACGCUGCAGUGGCUCUACACACUCACAGGAAGUAUGUCCCGUCUGGUGGUGAAGACGGCUCUGAAGCUGCUCAUCGUCUUUGUCGAAUAUUCAGAGUACAACAGCCCCCUCUUCAUCACCGCUGUCAACACUGUGGACGAGAAGAGAGGUGUGAAGCCGUGGAGCUUUCUGAUGGAGGUCCUGGAGGAGAGGAACGGCUCCGACACAGAGCUGCUGAUGUUCACCAUGACUCUCAUCAACAAGACUCUGGCAGCGCUCCCGGACCAGGACUCGUUCUACGACGUGACGGACAGUCUGGAGCAGCUGGGGAUGGAGAACAUCGUCAGCAAACAGCUGAGCAGCCGAGGGACGGAGCCAGACCUGAAGACCCAGUUCACCAUUUACGAGACGUCUCUGAGGAACGAGGACGGGGAUGACGUCUCCACCCUCCCCCGUAAAGAGAGGAGAAAGAUGGCCGCCGGCGAGAGGAGUCGCCGGUCCUCCAGUCAGACUCUCCCCCACUCCUGCUCCCCUUCCUCCUCCCCCUCCCUCUCCCCCACCCCCCCCCACCUUCCCUCCCCAACCACCACCCCCCUCUCCCCCACACUCUCCUCCGCCUCCUCCCCCACGCCAGCGGGGGGCAGCAGGGCGUCCUCCCCCUUGUCCUCAGAUUGCAGCCCCUCAGGGUCCCAGAGAGGGUCUCCACUUCCCCCCCAUACUGAGCCUAAUGGUACGAGCCACCCGGAGCCGGAAGACAAGUCUCCGUCCAGCGGGAGGCGCUCUUUCCUCACCCAUCACAUGUCCGCUCUGGGUCUGAGCAGGAAGUCCCGCCUCUUCUCUAAAGCCAGCUCCAUCUCUGAGGAGGCCGGUGCCAGCUCUGACUCUCCUCAGAUGAACCCGGAGCAGCUCAGCAGGUCGGAGAGUAAACCCAGUUCAAAUCCUUCCUCCCCCAGUUCAGGGGAGGCUGAUCGGUUCUGCUCUGAAGACUGUAAUGUAAAUUUGGACAAGCCAGUCCUCCGGAGGUUUGAAGACGGCUUCCUGCGCUCUCUGGUGGCGACGCAGUGGGAGAAGAAGAGGCGGAGCAAACGCCUGUCGUCCUCUGAUGAUGUCAUCACCCCGAACCUGCAGCCCGCAGACGAGGGCAGCAGAAGCCCCCCGCUGUCUCCUCCGGCUGCAGCCUCCGGCACUAAUGGACACUCAGACCCACAGGAUGACCCAGUGCCGCUUCGGGUCAGCACUUUGUCCAACGAUAAGAAGUUCCUGCUCGACAUGUUGUUCUCCAGGUCCUCCAGCUCGCCGCCCCUCAGCCCCCCCGCUGCCACCGCAGACACCACCGAAGAAGAAGAAGAAGAGGAGAGCCACUUCCUGCCCGGUGGUCGAGUGCUGCAGCGUCUCUCCAGCUUUAAAGCUCGAUCUGAGGAUCCGCCCCCCCCAAACGCCUCCGUCAGGGAGGAGCUGCAGAACCUGCAGGGGUCCACUCAGGCAGCGAGGGCCCGUCUGGACCAGGAGACCCAGUCACGCCUCCUCCGGCAGCAAAGCAGCAUCGACGUUGAGACUCAGCAGCGCCGCCUGGAGGCCACGCCCCUCAACCCCCUCCCCCACCUCCCCCCCGAUGCCUGGGAGCAGCUGCAGCCUCUCGCCGCCGCCACGCUGCGGAUCAAAGACCUCGACUUCUCCGACCUGCUAGACGAGGAGGACGUGGACGUGUUAGACAUGGACACCUUCGACUCCCACUCUUCCCGCCUCACCGGCCUGCCCCUGCCACCUCCGGCCCUCCCUGGAGGUCUUGCUCCACCCCCACCUCCCCCACCACUUCCUGUAGGUCUUGCCCCGCCUCCACCUCCCCCACCACUUCCUGGAGGUUUAGCCCCACCUCCUCCUCCACUUCCUGGAGGUGUAGCCCCGCCCCCUCCUCCAGGUCCUCCCCCUCCCCCCUCGUCCUCCUCGUCGCUGCAGAAGAAGAUGAAGACGGUGAAGCUGUUCUGGAAGGAGCUCCGGCCGGCGCCCCCCCCGCGCUGUGUGUUUGGGGGGGGCACAGUGUGGGCGUCUCUGGACAAAGUGUCUCUGGACACCCAACGCCUCGAGCAUCUGUUCCAGUCUAAGGCCAAGGAGAUGAGCAUCGCCAAGAAGGGUCCAGAGCUGAAGAAGUCGGAGCUGCUGGUCCUCGACUCCAAGAGGAGUAACGCCAUCAACAUCGGGAUGACGGUGCUGCCAGCCGUUCACGUCAUCAAGACCGCCAUCCUCAACUUCGACGAGUUCGCUAUCAGCAAGGAGGGCAUUGAGAAGAUCCUGACAAUGGUCCCCACGGCGGAGGAGAAGCAGAGGAUCCAGGAGGCGCAGCUUCUCCACCCGGACCUCCCUCUGGGCUCUGCGGAGCAGUUCCUCUGCAGCCUGGCCUCCAUCAGCGCCCUGACCCCCCGCCUGCAGCUGUGGGCCUUCAAGCUCAACUACGAGAGCCUGGAGAAGGAGAUAGCAGAGCCCCUGUUCGACCUGAAGCUGGGGAUGGAGCAGCUCUCUGCCAAUCAGACGUUCAGGAGGAUCCUUGCCACGCUGCUUGCAAUCGGGAACUUCCUGAACAGCUCCACGGCGGCAGGGUUCGAGCUGAGCUACCUGGAGAAGGUGGUGGAGGUGAAGGACACGGUGCACCGUCAGUCUCUCCUGCAUCACACCUGCAACCUGGUGCUGGAGAAUUACCCAGAAUCCUCGGACCUGUACUCCGAGGUGCCCGCCAUCACGCGCUCCGCCAAAGUGGACUUCGAGCUGCUGUCGGAGAACCUGGUGCAGCUGGAGCGCCGCUGCAAAGCAUCAUGGGACAACCUGAAGGUGGUGACGAAGCAUGAGACGAAGGCGGCACUGAAGAACAAGCUGACGGAGUUCCUGAAGGACUGCACCCAGAGGGUCGUCAUCCUGAAGGUGGUGCACCGCAGGGUCAUCAACAGGUUCCACUCCUUUCUGCUGUUCCUGGGUCAGCCCCCCCCCUCAGUGCGGGACAUCCGGGUGACGGCGUUCUGCAGGAUCAUCAGCGAGUUCUCUCUGGAGUUCAGGACCACCAGGGACCGGGUCCUGACGCUGAAGAGGAAACGGGCCACGCAUCGAGAGAGGACCAAGACCCGAGGCAAGAUGAUCACUGAGACGGAGAAGUUCUCCAGCGCUGUUGCUCCAGAGGACUCCUCCCCGCCCCCAGCCUCAGAGGAGCAGGAGGAACACGAGAACAUGAGGAACCUCCUGAGCUGCAGAACCUCAGAGACAGGAGGCCUUAGGAGGAGCCGGGCCGUCCGCAGUAUGGGUCGGGUCAGUCCCUCUCAGAUGUCAGCGGGCCAGGAGGAGGGGCCCGGUUGUCAGGACGACGCCACGGACGAGAUCAUGGACCGGCUGGUGAAGUCCGUCACCCAGAACCCGGCUGACAGACCCGCCAGCCCCAAGAACCGCAAACGGUCCCGGGUCAACAGGAAGUCCCUGCGGCGGACUCUGAAGAGCGGCCUCAGUCUGGACGUCGUGGCGGCGCUCGGCCUCAACAAGACGGAGGACAGGGUCUGAGAGCAGCUCCCCCAUCCAUCCGUCCGUCCAGGGUGUCUGCCCCCCCCCCCCCCCCCCCCAGAGACUCAAUAUUUAUUACAGAGAGUCAGAUCAAACUGCCUCCAUGGUCCUCAGGCUGUUCCUCUGCUGAGGUUCCACGUGUCUUCACAUGUUCCGGAACACAGUGACAUCACAGAACACUCCCGCUCCUAUUGGCCGGCGCGCCAACACAUUGUACGCGAUCGGCUAAGGGGCGGGUCAUCACACGUUUUCUUUUUGCAUCACAGGAGGCUACUGGCUCUCUGUUCCUCGGGUCACCUUCAGAGGAUCCACUGGGUGUUCCUUCCCUGAUGGAUCUCUGACACAUGGAGGCAGUUUGAAAUGCAUUUUCAGUUUCACUUCCUGAGAAAUAAAAUAAAUCCCUGAAGUUUUUAACAGUUUAUGAAGGUAUUAUCUUUAAUAAAUCCCAAGAAAGUGUUUAGUUUUCCUGCAAACGACACAUGCGAAGUGUUCCACUUGUAAUGAAAUAUCACUUUUAACCAUUUAAUUCUGAAUAAAAUUGUUAUUUAUGCAUU